GAUGGUUUAGAAACUAUUGGCCUAUACACUCUCAUGAUACAACUGACAUAGACAGCAAUAUUAUUAGAGAAGAAGAAGAGGGAGGCGCAAGACUUGAAAUUAAAUGGACCCCAUUUAUUCUUUUCUUUUUUUAUUUUAUUUUAUUUAAUUUUAUUUUAUAUUUACCAAAAACCCAACCUCCCCAUCAUAUCAUUAACUCAUUUCUCUCUUCCUCCUCUCUUCAUCUAACCCUAACCCACCUCUCUCCCAAAAACACCCAUACUCCCCUCAUCCUUCCACUUCUCUUCUCAAAUCUUCUUCUUCUUCUCUAGCUAAUCCAUUCGGUUCGGUUUCAGAUCGAUUAUUAAUUGUAAAUUAUUGUUCCUUUCAGAGUUGAGUAGCUAGCUACAAUUUUCAACUUCAAUUCAAAUAUUAUGGUGAGUUUAUUUUAAUCUUCUUCUUCUUCAAUUCUAUGAUUCAAUAGAGAUAUAAAAAAAAAAAUAAAAAAAAAACACCCUUCGAAAGCUGUAACAAAGAACCAAAGUUUAGCUAGCUAAGCCAGCAAAAAGUUAGAUAAACCCAAAAAAAAGUUUGUGAAAAAAGUCUUCUUCUUAUUAGCUUAUAUUGCUUUGAUUGAUAUACUCAUAUAUAUUACAUACUAUUCAUCCAACCCAUCCGUUGUACUUCCACUAAUACAAAUUCCUUUCCGCUCCAUUUUCUUAACCUUUACACCUCCACUAUGUUUGCUAAUCACCCACUAAUUAUACUUGUCAAGAUUAUUUCUUGCCUUGUUUAAUUUCUUAUAUUAUUUGUUACUUUCUACAAAGUACUGUAUUUCCUUUAUCUUGAGUUCUUUAACAAGUUGAUCUAGGUAAGCUUAUUGAGUAGUUGUUGGAUGAAUAUGGAUCCGAUUUCGGCAUCGGCACAUGGGCACUCACUUCCACCUCCUUUCCAUCUCCACCCCCACCAAUUCCACCAACUCCAACCUCAGAACAACUCCGAAUCCGACCUCUCCCCCCGCCUUGGCGGGGUUGGUAAACGAGAGCGAGACGACGAUACCACAAGCACCACCGAUAAUACCGGCACCGACAACCAAGAUUCCAAAGAUGGAAGUGGAGAUCACCACAAUAUGAUGACGAGGCGGCCGAGGGGGAGACCAGCUGGGUCUAAGAACAAGCCUAAGCCGCCUAUCAUCAUUACUCGAGAUAGCGCUAACGCUCUCCGAACCCAUGUUAUGGAGGUUUCUGAUGGUUGUGACAUAAUGGAAAGUGUUGCUACUUUUGCUCGCCUUCGACAACGAGGUGUAUGUAUUCUUAGUGGUACUGGGACGGUUGCUAAUGUUACUAUACGGCAACCGGGUUCGACCUCUAGCGGCAACGGCGGUCCUCCCGCCGUUGUCACGCUUCACGGGAGGUUCGAGAUCUUGUCAUUGGCGGGAUCGUUUCUUCCGCCUCCUGCCCCGCCUGCUGCUACGGGGCUUAGCAUAUACUUAGCGGGCGGGCAGGGACAAGUUGUGGGUGGUAGUGUGGUUGGGCAAUUGUUAGCGUCUGGUCCUGUUGUUAUUAUGGCUGCUUCUUUUAGCAAUGCUGCUUAUGAAAGAUUGCCAUUAGAGGAAGACCAAGAAGGUGGUGGGCCUAUGGGAGGAAUGCAAGGGGGUGGUGGUCAACUCGGUGGUGGCGGUGGUGGUAUGGAUCAUCAAGGGAUGCUGCCGUCAGCUCAACAGUUGCUUGGAAACGAUCCAAACGGAGGGGCCGGGUUGUUCCAAGGGAUGCCGCCUAAUCUGCUUAACUCUGUCCAAAUGCCCCCGGAGGGGUAUUGGGGUUCUGGCCGACCUCAAUUUUAAAUAUUCCUGAAAUAUUUAUCUGUAAUUUGAACCAGAAAUGUGACAACUAAUUGUGGACGGGGGAUGCUGGUUACGUGAUGAACGCAAAUGCAAGGACGGUGCAUUACAAUGAAUGAAUCACCAAGAAAAAGAAAGGUCAGUCAAGUAUUUCGCUUGGAGAAAACUCUUUGGUUAAUUGUUGGUAGUGCAAGCUAAGUAAGUAGCUAGCAAGAGGUUCAUUUUAGGAUUUUUUUUUUUUUUUUCUACUUUUCAAAUUUUACUUACAUUGUAGGUAGAAGAUGAGUGCUGAUCGAUGAGAAAAAACUGUUAAUUGCCAUGUGUUUUUAAUUUUAUUUUUGUUUCUUUUUGGGGAGAUUUAGGUUUGGUGCACCCAUUGCUGCAAUUUUUUUCUCCUUACUUUAAAGUUGAUGGUAGUUUGUUGGUCAUUGAAGUUGGUGUUUAAUUAUUUUUGUGAGAUUGCAUGAUGCUUUUAUUAAUUUUUGAUUGAGGAUGAUAUAUCAUUGUACAUUGUUAUUCAAUGGAAAUUAUUCUUGGUCCAAA